ACACAGCUCUUUGCUGCCCAAACGCAGCUGAAUCGAUAUGGAAAACGAAAGAAAACAGAUCGAAGACAGAUCACAGUCCAUCUCCCCGACAAUUCUUGCACGUCUGGCAGUUUUCAUCUUCACCUGGAAGAGCUUCCGUUGAAAAUUCGGAUUGGUGGAUCGAUCUCCAAAACGCUCUCCCUUUUUCAGAUCAAAACGCGGCCAGAAAGCAUCCAGCAGCUUCUCAAAUCUCUCCGUAUUAAUACAUACGCACAGAGGUAUUUAUAAAUUGUUGUCAUGAAUCCACAACUGGAAGUACAUGCACUUGAGAAUGGGGAAUCCAACUGUCUUAGUGGAGUUCAUAAUGGCAUUGUUACUGAAGAAACAGAAGAUAAGUUCAAAGGCAUGCCCCUAAGAAAGCAAGGAUGUUAUGCCGAUCUUCCUGCUACUAAAAUUCUGGAAUUGAUGAAACUGAAAAAUUUGGAGAACUCGUCAACUCAGUCACUUUUUAGUGCUGCAAAUAAGGUGCUAGAUGACAGCAUUGAGAGAAAGAAUGGAGACAUACGUCAUUGCAUGGCAUGUCUAUUGAAAAAAGUUGUGCAAGAAAUUGAGCAACGGGUUUCAACUCAGGCACAGAGUUUCAAAGAGCAAAAAGAUAUGUACAAGGUUCUUGAAGAAAGGUCUCAGUCAAGAAUAAGAGUACUUGAAACCCUCGCAACUGGAACAUCUGAAGAAAAUGAGGUUGUUCUGAAUCAGCUUCAGCAGAUAAAGAUCGAGAAGACUGAAAUUGAGGAGAAGAAAAAGGUUGAAGAGCAAGACAUAAUGAGGCUAAUAAAAGAGAAAGACCAGAAGGAUAUUCAAAUUUCAGCACUCAAGAAAGAGCUGGAAUUGGCCAAAAAAACAUAUGAAAAACAUUGCUCUCACCUUGAAAGGAAGGCUAAAGAGGCAAAGUUGGAGUUAGAGAAGAAGUUGUCAGAACAUGAACGGCUUCUGACAGAGUCAAGAGAUAAGACCAAAGAACUUGAGGUGUUUUCAGAAUCCAAUUUACUACAUUGGAAAAAAAGAGAACUAAAUUACAAGAGCUUGCUGGAAUCUCAGUUUGGGUACCUUCAGGAACUAAGGUUGACUUCUGAAUCCGCAAAGCAAGAGAUUCUUAAUACACAAAGGGUCUACUCUGAGGAAUUUAAGCACUUAGGGGUGAAGCUUAAAGGGUUAGUACAUGCUGCUACAAAUUACCAUACAGUCCUUGCAGAAAAUAGGAAGUUGUACAAUGAGGUUCAGGAUUUGAAAGGAAAUAUUAGAGUUUAUUGCCGAAUAAGGCCAUUCCUUCCUGGACAAAGUCAAAAACAAACAACCAUGGAAUUUAUUGGUGAGAAUGGUGAAUUGGUUGUUUCAAAUCCCCUGAAACAAGGGAAAGACAGUCAUCAGGUGUUCAAAUUUAGCAAGGUGUUUGGUCCAACAGCUACUCAAGAGGAUAUAUUUUUAGACACGCAACCAUUAGUUCGAUCCGUCCUUGAUGGAUACAAUGUUUGCAUAUUUGCAUAUGGCCAAACUGGGUCUGGAAAAACCUACACAAUGGCUGGCCCUAAUAUUUCAUCUAAAGGGGAUUGGGGAGUCAACCAUCGAGCUUUGAGUGACCUUUUCCAUCUCUCUCAGAGCAGGAAAAACUCCAUUACGUAUGAUGUUAGUGUUCAGAUGGUAGAGAUAUAUAACGAACAAGUGCGAGAUUUACUUUCUGGAAACACUUCUCAGACAAGACUUGGGAUCUGGACUACUGCCCAACCAAAUGGUUUAGCUGUUCCUGAUGCUAGCAUUCAUCCUGUGGCAUCAACUGGAGAUGUCUUGGAACUGAUGAAUUUUGGGUUAAUGAAUAGGGCUGUAAGUGCCACUGCCCUAAAUGAUAGGAGCAGCCGAUCCCACAGUGUUCUCACUGUUCAUGUUCAUGGCAUGGAUUUGAAGACUGAUUCUGUUUCACAUGGUAGUCUACAUUUGGUAGAUCUUGCUGGCAGUGAAAGAGUAGAUCGUUCUGAAGUAACAGGAGACAGACUACGAGAAACUCAAUAUAUAAACAAAUCUCUAGCAGCUCUAGGAGAUGUUAUCUUUGCUCUAGCAAAAAAGAGCCCUCAUGUUCCAUACCGAAAUAGCAAAUUAACUCAAGUACUUCAGAGCUCUCUGGGUGGCCAAGCUAAGACCCUGAUGUUUGUACACCUCAAUCCUGAUGUUGUGUCCUAUUCUGAAACUAUAAGCUCAUUGAAGUUUGCAGAGAGGGUCUCGAGUGUUGAGUUAGGGGCUGCACGGAACAACAAAGAGGGGAGAGGUGUCCGGGAACUUAUGGAACAGGUGGCUUCCUUGAAAGACUCAAUUGCAAGGAAAGAUGAAGAGAUUGGAACGUUGAGGAUGGUUAAAAGUAGUGUAAAUGGUGAGAGACACUAUUUGAGCGCGCGAAGGUAUGGGUCUUCCUCCCCAAGAAGACAUUCCAUAGAGACUCCAAGGCCAAGCCGAGCACUGUCAAGGAAAAAAAACUCUGGAUGUGCUGACAAAGCAGCUUCUUAUAUGGUAAAAAGCUCUGUGUGCAGUGAUAAGCAUUCUGAAACUGGUUCUCAGCAGUCAAUUGAUGAUUUUAGACACCAUAAGGAAUUUUUUCUACAAUCAAGGCAUGCUGUAGCAGAUAGUGAUAAUUGCAGUGAGGAUGUUGAAUCAAGGGUUGCUUCAGUAGAUGGGAAUCAAGAUAUUACUGAAGAUAUUGAUCUUCUGGGAUUUGGGGAUGCAGAUGCUGAGGAGAGGCUGAGUGACAUAUCAGAUAGUGGGUUAUCAAUGGGAACGGAAACUGAUGGUUCAGUUUGUAGUAUUGUGGAAUUCACUCUUUUCCCUGAAACUGCAAAAUCGCCAGCAGAUAGCUUGGAAAGGCCCUAUGUGCCAGCAAAUAUUCCGAGACCUCAGCAAAAGCAGAAGGGGUCUUCUCGGUUGCCAUUGACCAGAGGCUCAAAAGUCUCGUCCAGUUCCAAUAAACCAGGUCUUCGCGGCUCUUCUUCAAUGAAGCCCACCCAACGAUGGCAGUAGUAGCAAUCAGAAUGUUAUUAUUUCGGCGGCAAAACAAUUGCCGUAUAUAUUCCUGUUAGUAACACGACGUACAGCCAUUGAUGUAUAAUAGCCAACUAAUAGCUCUGUACAGAUAACAAUAUUUUGGGAAAUGUUAUUCCCUCUUCCAAGUGUUACGCACUCGACUAUAAUAUUAUUUUACUACACUAUAAAUGGAGUGUGACAUAACUUUUGGAGUGGGAAUAACAUCAACCCGAUGUUUUAUAUAUUAUUUUAUGGUGUUCACUGUUUAGUCAAUAAUAAAAAGUGCUCCUCUA